AUGUCUAAGGCCUGGAGGACCAAGUCUGCCUACUUCCCGCCUUUAAAUCAGGCCCGGGCUGGCACUGGCCAUCACUCUGGCCCAUGCAACGCACUUCGUGUACGCACAUCAUUCAUCAUACAGAGGGCUGUGCAGGAGCUAAACGCCCACACUAAUGCAACCUGGUCCAUCGCCGUAGAGCUGGUGGGCCAGACAGAGCAUGCCACAACCUCAUUCGGGUGGGCGCCCUUUUUCUUCGACGAAAAAGCGGCUACGAGCAAAUCAGAGCAAGGGAUCUCGGCUGUCAGCAGCUGCGACGCCGCCGACGCAAAUCAACACCCCCGACGCUCCGAGUUCUUCGCGCCCACACUACAAGAAGCGCAGAAGUCUACCGACUGGAGAUCGCACCAAAAGAAGUAUGAUGAGGCAAUUCGAAAAUGCAACGAUGUCAACGGAUGUUUAUUCACCGAGUUCUUGUUACAGACAAACCCUUCGAUGGAGAUAUCCAAUGACCUGAUUCUGUGGGCUAUUGAAGCCUCCAGGAGCCCCGUCGAGAUCAUUGGUCUUCUAACUCGCCACGGGACAGCAGUUCGAAGCUUUUCGCGGUCAGAUGUCAAGGCGGCCCUCGAGCAUGUGAGCGGUGUUUCCGGGAUUAUGGCCGCUCUUUUGAGAUCCUCUCCCGGAUUAGAUGUUGACCAAGAAGCUUUUACCAGAGCGGCUUCACAAUACAGGGUUCUGCCCGAGGAUUUGUGGCUUCUUUUCUCUCGUGCCACAGAUAUUUCUCUCACCGGAGAGCUCAUUGACGGUAUAGAGACGGCUGCGUCUGACCAGAUCGUAUUUCUGCGUUGGCCAAAUGUGCAUCUGUCACAACGUGCGGUCGACGCUACUGUGGAUGAUUUACGAAAAUUUCCUACGCUUGUGAAGGAAAGACCUUCUAUCAAGGUCUCUACCGAGGCUAUCACAUCUCUGUGCAAUUCAUGGAGAAACCCAAAUCGGGUCGAUACGAUGAAGGAGAUUUUAAUCUUCCAACCAGGUGUCAUCCUCACGGAGGAGAUGUUCCUUGCCGCUACUGAAUACUCAGAGGUCUUCGAUGCGCUUUUGAGACAUGAACCUUGCGUGAACUUGACAGACAAUGUGAUUGGACGUGCAAUGAGCCGCAUGAACCGGACUAACUUGCUGCGCGCGAUAUUAGUAGCCCGAAAGGAUUUCCACUUCAGCCCGCAGUCGAUCAGUAUAAUAUGCGAUCGAUAUGGCUAUGAUAAGGAUAUCCAGGCUUGUGUGACUGAAGUCUUAGCUAGAUCGCGGAAUACCAUCCUAGGCGAAAAUGAGAUGUGCGACGUUGUCAAAACAGGCUCGCCAGGAAGUCUUGGGGUUAUACUGUCGCAAAGGCCAGAUGCGGUUGUGACGGAGAAUGUCGUCAAGUAUCUCAUGGAUGUCAUCAAGGCUGAUAGAGGUGCUGAGAACUUUCUUCGCAGAUGGCGCUAUGAAUUCGAGGAUGAGGCAUUCGAUAUGUUGCUUGAGCGAUCGGGCCUGAUCGAUCUCAAGCGUCAGAUGUUGAAAUCUCAAGUUCGUAAAUUGAUUUGGGGUUGA